GUUCGGCGAAGCCGCCGAUCGAGGGAGUCCCGAUCCCGCGGCGAGCGGCACUCGCAGUUGCGCGCGAGACGCCGUCGAGGUGACUUCGUACUCGUGCGAGAUAUAACGCUGCGGUGUCAGUAUAGAGAUCCGGUUGCGGAAUUCUUACGUGUUCACGUGGAACUGAUUUCAAUAUCGCCUUCAAGUUACGUGGAUUUAUUGUUACGAGGCGGAUAGAAACGCGCGCGGGAAUACACCUGUCGCGUCGGCGAUUUUAACCUCCCGAGGCCUCGUCGGUAGGACGCUGUCAGUGUACGUGUUUACGUUACAUUCGCACUUCUGUGACGACGAUUCAUCGUUCGGCUGCGACUUCGUGGAGGCCGGUGACGCAACGCUCCCGGCUCCUGUACAACGAGGAAGAAAAAGUCCGCGAUAUGACGGAGUAGCGGCGCGGUUCCAAGUCGAGCUUCACCUUGCUAACUCCACUCCGCCUCGCUUCGCCCCGCUUCUCGUUCCUCCCUCCCGCUCCAGCUCUCCUUUCGUCAUCCUCCCUGCCCGCCCGUCUCGUCCUUACCGACGCGUGUGCGCGCGCGAUACCUAUAUACCGCCGAGCGGACUUACGUCUUAUGCGAUGGUGUGCGUGAGAUCGCGCGUGCGGAUCGUUCGUGAACUCAGCAGCAGCAGCAGCCUGUAGCUCGUCCACGGCAAAAUUGGAGGUGGAAUUCAUAGAAGGGUAGAGAAGCAGCCCGGAAGAAGAAAAGAGAGAGAGAGAGAGACCCGUUUUCUCGACCGUCCGUCGACCAUCCGAAUCCGACGAUGCGGCCCCUCAGGAAGUCGUCGUGGCGAUGGACCAUCAGUAAAAUAGACAUGAGCAUCCUUCUCUUUAAUGGCUUUCUGCUACUGGGCUUCGUCGUGGCGACGAUACCACCGGAAAUGGCCUUGGUGCUGGGCAAGCCGAACUCGACUCCCGCUCCCGAGAAGAAGUGCCAGCACAUCAGGAGCUACAAGAUGCUGGAGGCGUCCUGCUCCAAAAUGGAGUGGACCAAUAUCCCCACGAAUUUGAAAACGGACAUACAGGUGCUGGAUGCUACCUGGAAUCGAAUCAGGGAGUUGAAGAACAACAGUCUGGAUCCUUACACGAACUUGGCCUACAUCUACCUGGGUGACAAUUUCAUUUCAACCAUCGAAGAAGGGGCCUUCGCCAAUCAAAAGUAUCUCGAGGUGCUGGAGCUCUCGACGAACGGUUGCGACACUCUGCCGAAGAGCCUCUUCCAGCUGCCGUAUCUCCGCACGCUCUACCUCAGUGGCAACAGGCUCACCGACUCGGUGUUCAACGUGGAGGUUACCUCGCCCCUCAGGCUGCUACAGCUGACCGACAACAGACUCACCCAGCUCCCGCGUAUCGGCCUGCAGCCGAGCCUCACCACCCUCAACGUGUCCAAGAAUCAGAUCACCUCGAUCAAUGCCGAGGACCUGGCGCAGUUCUGCUCGCUGAACGUACUCGAUCUCUCCGGGAACGCGAUCAAGUUCAACAAGUUCGGCUGCGAAUGUCAGACACUGAAUGCCUGGGUCAAGCUACGUGAGAUCAAGAUGAAGCCGAAAUUCUUCAUUUGCGCCAACUCGCCGACCGAGGAUUGCGCCAAUGUAACAUUCAACAAUCGGACGUACGAGCUGUACAACGAGUGCUCGGGCAUUAUACAGCAAGCGCAGGAGACCGAGAAGGCACGCUCGGUCUGGAUACUGGUGGUCUCGUGCGUCGCGGGGUUCCUCUUCGUCGCCUUCGUAGUGCUGUUCUGCAUGCACAAGCGGAAUCGCAAGCGGCGCAGGAAGCAGAAGGAGCAGCAGCAGCUAACGGCGAACAACGCCAACACCGAGCUGCUGAACAGCAAUCUGACCGGUAGUUCGUGAAAUAAUCGCCGAAACGUCGUACAACAAUAGAAAUUGUGGAGGAUCCUGUGUCGAUGCCGAGAAUAAAUGCUUUAUACGAGAGCCGCGAGGAAAUGAAAGUUUUGAGGACCCUUACAGAAAUUUAAUACUGGAAGGUAGCAAUUGAUUACUUAUUUUGAGUAUUUACUGAGAACAGCAGCUUGCUUUUAAAGUAAGUAAUUUCCAAGUAUUAAAUUGGCCAGUACAUGAAAUUGGAUUUCUGUAAGGGAAGUUAUCGACUUCGAAGAAAAAAAAGGAAAAAAAAAAUGAAUUAAUUAACCAUGUUCAAAGUAUCUGAGAGACCUGUUGGUGUUUAUUGAGAGUUUAAUCGAUGAAUUCAGAGAAGAGAGAAUUUAAUCGGAUAUAUCGACAGAUACGUGCCUAACCGUUUGUAUCUGAUCAUUAAUACACACGUUCGCAUUUGCAUGUUCAAUAAACGUGAAACAUUAAAAGCUGGAAUUCUCCUGGCGCGACUGCCAUUUUCAAAGAUAUUAUAUACAAGUUUUCAGAAGAAGUGAGAUAUAUAAUAUUAGCCUCUUAUAAAUUACGAGCGAUAUAUAUAAUAAGAAAUCGUUACCAUCCAAGAUAUCGAGCGAAAUGGAUAUUUAGAUUACUUUAAGACUUUUCCCCUCCCCUCCCCCGAAGAGAAGCAUAGCCAUCGAAAGUAACCCAAUAGAGAAGAUAACUUCGUGAAGACUAUGCUUACAAGAGGGUGACACCCGAUUGACUACGUCCCAAUUGAUCACCAGCCACAGCGCUUGAACAGUGGAAAAUCUCUAGGCACCGGCCGCUGUCAGUGGCUGUGGUCAAUCGGGACGUGGUCAAACGGGACGCUCCCUUACAGAUAUACAACGCGUUACCUUAUAAAAUGUGUAAAUGUUCUAUAUUGUGUUCACGUAUAUAUAUAAUGGUUACGAUUACAUAUAUAAGAUAUAUGUGAAUGUGAUGGAUUUUCAAGGACUCUGCGUGUUUCGAAUGAAUUAUUAUAUUCAUCUCACUAUACUCUUUGCGACGAUAGGUACUACCGAUUUUGAUUUCGGUAAAACGAAUCUCGGAAGCGUCGUUCGCGCUCAUUAUCGUGCUUUUGUCGAUGUAAUUAAUAGCAAUGCGAGGUUUAUUGCACGCGAUUAAACGGUACUUAAAGAAGAGCUUUCUUUCAGAUGAUAUUGCGACGUCAAGGAUGAAUUCCUUUGUCCAAGUGUUAAGUAAUAGGAUGAUUUUAUUUUUUGUCGUAAUUAUCUCUGUCUCUUCUCACUAACUUGACAAUUUUGUAUGAUGACAUUUUUUUUUAU